AUGCGCUCGCUGUUGAUCUGGAUUAUCACGCUGCUGCCAUUGGUUAAAGCAAGCCAAGAGCGGGCAACCCAACCGUCUGAAAUGAGUGGAGCAUCAGCUCAAGCAUCUCGUCCAUAUCGAGUGGAAGUAGCAAGCCCACAUCCAUUCGCAAGACAAAUUGGACCUCCACUAAGCGGGAAACAAAUAAUCACGCCGGUUCCAAAAGUGUCAUCCGACAAGCUUUCGCAGCAUUCUUACGGCAAACAAGAUAGCCUGCAGAAUUGA